AUGCUAUCUCCUGCAAACCUGGAUGAAAUCAAGGAACGCAUUAGCAAAAAUGAAGAGAAAAUCAAUGUCCUGCAAGCUAUCAACAAUGUGCUGAAGGAACGUCACGAGAUCGAGUCCAACUACAAGAAUCUAGCGCAUAAGUUCAAGGAGAUGCAGGAAGAAGAAGCGUUCCGUCGAGCGAAGGUAUGUAGUUUUGAUGAGGCGCGCAAGAAGCAGCUGGCGGAGCUGCAGGCAAAGGGUGAGGCACUCUGCAGGGAGAAGGCAAAACUGCAGCAUCAGAUCGAGCACGUCACCUGGCAUCUGGAGGGAUGCCGCCGACGUCGCCCAUGUUUGGCCCGUCUACCGGAGAACUGCCCAUUGAAAGGAGACGCACCGAGCUGCUUGCCCCAUUCGCCGGAAAAGCUUAAAAUCAUGGCAAACAUGAAGAGUACGGCCGAUCAUCUCGUGCGAGGAAUUAUGGAUCUCCGAAAGAAGAUCCAUAUCGUGCAGGAUAAGCUCGAACAUGAAGUGGCGCGCAAGAAGGAGAUGGAAAAGAAGCUGGCGGAACUGCGGAAGGAGAUCUGUCGCCAUAACAAGUGCAUGCAGCAGCAGCAACAACAGCAACAGCACCAGCAGCAGCACCACCAUCAUCAACAGCAUGGCCAUCAUCAUCACCAUCAUCAUCAUCAUACGGUUCCGGCCGUUGGUGGUGGAGGCGGUAACGGUGGACACGGCACGACGUCACUGCCGCCGAUAGCGAAAAAUUGCAUCGCCACCAAAUAG